AUGUCCGCGCGUUCUACGGAACAGACAGCCGUCAAAGAUUGUCCGACGUGCCAAAGACGACGUAUCAAGUGUGAUCGCGGUCUUCCCGGGUGCCGGAAAUGCGGCAAGCGGAAUCUCGAAUGCCCAGGUUAUGGACUUAAGCUCAAAUGGGUCCAGGGAGUUGCCAGCCGCGGGAAUCUGCGGGGCAAGGCAAUCCCGUCCCCAAGUGCACCUGUAGCAACUUCAAAUCCGCCACCUUCUACGGGAAACUCAACUGAGACCUGUAUAACCAAUGCAGACGCAGAUGCGCUGAAUUGGUGCAGCCAUUUCACUCCCGCGCGUUUCGGGCCGUUGGGGCCUCAUUCGUCUCCCAUUGCAGAGCUUGGUUUGUCCAAUGCGCGACCGCUGCAUGUCUCAAGGUUACUAUCCUGGUUCAAUGAGCGAGUUGCGCAUCGCCUAGCGUGGGUUCCGCAGCAGAAUGCAUGGCGCCACAUGAUCCUGCCAAUGGCUGAGAGCUCCGAAACCGUCAUGUCUUCUAUUCUCGCGAUUGCCGCUCAUGAUCUUGCAACCGAGUACGCUCCGACUGACCUAGGUCAUGGAACAUUUCAGCAGAUGUCGAAAAACUAUCAAAACAAGUCCCUAGCUCUGCUGGCGAAAGAAUUAAAUGGUCUUUCUACAACCCCUGCAUCCCCAUUGGAAGCAAGCACAACAUCCGCCUACACCCUUGCCUCAGUCAUCAUCCUCUGCAACAACGAGUUCAUGAAGCCGCAAGGCGCCGGAUGGCGGGUCCAUCUGUCUGCCGCGAGAGAGAUCAUCCUGGCGGCAAAAGGCCGCCCAUAUCGUCCCCACCAACUGGCAUGUAUCGAAGAGUUUCUCAUGCUGGAAUUCUACGAAGCCUCGGUAUGGGCCGAUCUGACAACAUUCAACAACUACAAUGGCACAGCCAGGGCUCCGCCCACCGGCGCCGAAAACGCAGUCUUCACUGACUACAUCCGGGUCAUCGAUCAAAUCACCCGGCUGGAGCGUCUCAAAUUCCGCUCCGAGCUGGUGGAACAGUCCCCAUCAUCGCACGGCCCAAUGCAAGAUAUCCACUCGCAGAUUGAUGCCGCGAGGGAUAACAUGAUGCGACUAAGCGAAACCAUCCAUUUCGGAUCUGAGGAGGACCAGCGAGGAUUCGAGCUGGUUAUCUGGAUGUAUUACCACGCAACUCUCAUAUACAGCUAUCAAGCUCUCGCAGAUUCCGAUACCGCUACCAGUACGUACGAUGUGGGAAUUUCUCGCGACGAGAUCCUGCGUUAUGUGCAGUUCCUUUCUGAAACUCGGGAUGGCAUGUUCGCCCAGGACCUGGUCUGGCCGCUCUUCACGGCAGGAACUCUACUCCGAGGACACCCGGUUGGACAACAAGUUAUCCGGGAAUGUUUUGGUAAUGUUAUGCGCAUAAGUCGCAUCCUGGAUCGCGCGCGUGUCCUCCAGUUCUUGGAGACUUGGUGGAGUGAAUCUGGGACAUAUACGUCUUGGAUUGAUAUGGCGCGACAGCGAUCCCGGGAUUCACAGUGUGAUUUCCUUAUUGUAUAA